UGAUUGGACUGUCAGUGCGAGCUAAAUUUGGUAGUCAGGGUGUGUGAUCAUGUUCCCUGCAUGUGUGCACACGAUACUGUCCCAGUGACUUGAGCGAUGUCCUAUCUCGCACACCCAUAAGGUUGCUGACAUCCAUCACAGCUCUACACAAUUGUACUUAGACGUUUUCAAUUUGACACUUAGACGUUUUCAAUUUGACAGAGUAAAUCGCAGACUUUGAAUUAUUAUUAUUUUAUUUUGUAGCUUACUCGUGACUCAGAGUGACCAUUUUUGAGGGGCCUGCUAGGAGGACGACCCUGCUGCUUGCUUGCUGCUGCUUGAGCCGCCAUGUUUCUGGCCUUAGUGGUGACGCCAGAGCUGAAGGAGUUUCUGGCCCGGGCGAGAGGGGGAGCGGUGCGCCUCCUUAAGGUGCGCAUACAAGACGAGCAGCUGGUGCUGGGGGCCUACAGGGAACCAGAGCAGAGCUGGGACCAGGACUACGACCACUUCCUGCUUCCUCUGCUUGACCGGCAGGAGCCCUGCUACGUGCUAUACCGCCUGGACUCCCACAAUGCUCUGGGCUUUGAGUGGCUUUUCCUAUCCUGGUCACCUGAUCAGUCUUCCGUCAAAGACAAGAUGUUAUAUGCUGCAACUCGCAGCACCGUAAAGAAGGAGUUUGGAGGUGGCCAUGUGAAGUAUGAGAUGUUUGGCACACUGGAGGAGGACAUCUGCCUGUUGGGCUACCAGCGUCACGUGUCGUCGUGCUCGGGUCCUGCCCCACUCACGCUAGCUGAGCAGGAGCUGCAGAGGAUCAAGAUCACCGAGGUGGGACGUCUAAAUCACAGAGGUGGCGUUGGCGUUGCAAAAAUGUGUGCUUGCUACCCCCUACAGGUUACAACAGAGAACAGCGUGGAUAGUAAGCAGCAAACCCUUCAGGGCCUGGCAUUCCCACUGCAGGAGAUGGCCAGACGAGCCCUCCAGCAACUUGCUCAGAAGCAGAUCAACUACAUACAGCUGAGAUUGGACGUGGAGCAAGAGACCAUCGAGCUGGUUCAUUCCCACCAGACGGAGACGCGGGAUUUACCUUGCAGGGUUCCCAAAGACACACCAAGAUAUCACUUCUUCCUCUACAAACACUGCCAUGAAGGCGACUACCUCGAAUCCGUCGUGUUCAUCUACUCCAUGCCUGGAUACAGCUGCAGCAUCAAGGAGCGAAUGCUUUACUCCAGCUGCAAGAGUCGACUCCUGGAGGAGGUGGAAAGAGAUUACCAUCUGCAGGUCACGAAAAAGUUGGAAAUCGAUGACGGAGACGAGCUGACAGAGGAGUUUCUGUAUGAAGAGGUCCAUCCAAAACAGCACGCAUUCAGGCAGGCCUUCGCCAAGCCGCGCGGCCCCGCGGGCAAGAGGGGUCACAAGCGCCUCAUUAAGGGCCCCGGCGAGGCCGUGCAGGACGGCUAGAGGCGGACAAAGAGGCGGACUCUCUAUGUAUACAGUUCAGAAUAAUAUCAGUGUGCUUAAAAAUCUAUAUAUAUAUAAAAAGAUCAACAUCCUUAUAGUACAUUUCAUUUUCAUUCAAACACUGCAUUGGGAAGUAAAGUAAACAUGUAUCAAAUGUUUUGUUCCUUUACAGAAAGUGAUGAAAAAGUAAUUUUACAUAGUUGGGGAAAAAAAAAUACUGUCAGUUUUGCUUACCUGUGAUUCCCCAAACUAAUAAACUGUGAACCCAGACCCUAAAGGUUAAAGUAAUGAAGUGAUUACCAACCCAAUCCCCAGACUCUAAUCCAAUAGAGAACUUGUGGAAUGCCACUAAAAAUGCUGUCUGAGCCAAAACCACAAAAUACAGAAGAAUUGUGAAAUGAAGUCCAAUGUCCACUGUUGAAAAAAUGGUGAAUCACCAAACUAUCAACACUGUCGAACUGAGUUGACCUCUGGCACCUGUAACCUGCUAUGCCAGCUCAGGUCUGUUGAACUAGAUAUCCCGAAGAAAACUCCCAAUUUUAUAAAGAAGAAAAAAAAAAAAACGUGCUGAAGAAAUUACAGUUUGCCAAAGAACAUACUGGGGAACCUAAAUAUAGAUGUCACGACAUGCAGAUCUUUUAGAGUCUAGUAACUGCACAUAGUUUGUCAGACAACCUCCAAAAACUGUAUUCAGGCCACAUUACAGUGCAUUACAGUGCAGCAUGGUGGCACAAACAUUAUGAUAUUAUGUUGGUCCUAUUUAUGGCCUACCAGGAACCAAGGAUCCAUCUGAAUAGAGCAGCCAUCUGCCAAAGAGGAAAUGCCCUUGAAAUUGAAGUUUCAACAAGAUCACCACCCUAGAUUUUCUUCCAGACUAACAAAAUGCAUGUUAUGCGGUGGCCAUCUUAAUCACCAGACCUUAAUCCAAUGGAGAACUAGCAAGGGGCAAUAAAAAAAAAUUGCUGGUUCUCAGGCAAAAGCAUUAAAUGCAGAGGAAUUAUGGCAUGUAGUCCAUUGGGCCUGGCCUGGAAUAGCAAUUCAAUUUGACUUGAUCCAACACAGAUGUGAAGCAACUCUCAGAAAUAGUAACUAAAUAUUAGCUUAGUGAUACACAGGGAAACAAAAUGUACAGCAGUUUUCAAUUUUUACAGUAAAUGUCAUUUUUAAUAGCCUCAUGUUAAUUUUUAUUCCUCCAAAACACACAGCAUACUGCUUUCUCGACCAACAGGAUGAACGUUAUGGAGUGGCCAGCCCGAUCCCCGGACAUAAACCCAAUAGAGAACUAGUGACCUGACAUUAAUAUUGCUUUUCUGAGGCAAAACCAUGAAAUGCAGGUGAAUUAUGGAAUGCCUAAUAUUAAAUGUUCUUUAAUUUUUGUAACAAUAAAACAUUAGAUAUAUAUAUUUUUUUCAUUCUUCAAUUUAGAAUAGAACAUGCAGAGUUCCCAUUGCAUUCAAGUGUAUGCAAAUACAAACUUUUUUAUGGAUUUACUUUACUCACUUAAACCCACUGCUAUUGUUCUGAACACAAGUGUAUAUACAAACCAGGAUGGAAGUGAUAAUGUGAAGCCAAUCUUUUUUUUUUUUUUUUUUUUUCUCUCUUCUCCAUUCUGUUGAACUGUAUCAGAAUAGCUGAUUUGUUUAAGGUAUGAGGGACUUCCACAAUAAAUCUGCAGUGGAGUUUUAAACACAUUUUUGUACCAGCAAUAUUUGUAAGAAACCGAACAAAAAUGAAAUUCCAAAUAAAAAUGUUUUUACUGUG